GCCGUCGCCUCUGCCGCCGCCUGCCCUCGCCGCUCCUCGCCCCUGCUGCUGCCGCCCUCAGCCUCGGCCCCCAGCCGCCCGCCGCACGGACGCGUUAGUAAAAAGUGCUGCUCCAUCGGCUGAUCCUCGCUGAGCCGCGGCACCGGGCGGCCCGCCAUGCCGAAGAACAAGAAGCGGAACGCCGCCCGCGGCGGUGCAGCAGCAGCAGCAGCAGCAGCAGCAGCAGCAGGGGCGGCAGCAGGUGGCCAACACAGAAAUGUGCAGCCUUUCAGUGAUGAGGAUGCAUCGAUUGAGACGAUGAGCCACUGCAGUGGUUUCAGCGAUCCUGCUAGCUUUGCUGAGGACGCUCCCGAUGCCGUCGAUGAAGAAGGAACUCAAGAAGAUAUGGAGUACAGGUUGAAGGGAUUCAUUGACCUUACAUUUGACAAGAGUGCGAAGACGAGGCAGGCAGCCCUUGAAGGCCUUAAAAAUGCCCUGGUUUCUAAGAUGCUUUAUGAGUUUAUUCUGGAGCGAAGAAUGACUUUAACUGAUAGCAUUGAACGCUGCCUGAAGAAAGGCAAGAGCGAUGAACAGCGAGCGGCUGCGGGUCUGGCCUGUGCUCUCUGCGUGCAGCUGGGGCCCGGGAUCGAAAGUGAAGAGGUUUUAAAGACCCUUGCGCCCAUCCUAAAGAAAAUAAUUAGUGAUGGAACGGCCACGAUCCCAGCUAGACAGGCGUGUGCAACCUGCUUUGGCGUUUGCUGUUUUAUUGCCAUGGAUGACAUCACGGAGCUGUAUUUAACUAUGGAGUGCUUGGAAAAUGUCUUCACCAAGUCCUACCCCAAAGAGAAAGACUGCAACGGCAUUUGCAGCUCUCCCAAUACGGCACUUCAUAUCAGCGCUCUGCUCGCGUGGACGUUGCUUCUGACCAUCUGCCCCAUUAAUGAAGUGAAGAAGAAGCUUGAAAUGCAUUUGCACAAACUCCCAGGCCUGCUUGCUUGUGACGAUGUUAACAUGAGAAUUGCUGCUGGAGAAACCUUGGCCCUUCUCUUUGAACUGGCAAGAGGGACAGAUAGUGACUUUUUUUACGAAGACAUGGAGCCGUUGACGCAGACGCUCCGAGCUCUGGCCACAGAUGGGAACAAGCACAGGGCCAAGGUCGACAAGAGAAAGCAGCGCUCUGUCUUCAGGGAUGUCCUGAGAGCCGUGGAGGAACGUGAUUUUCCAACAGAAACUGUUAAAUUCGGACCCGAGCGGAUGUACAUUGACUGCUGGGUGAAGAAACAAACCUAUGACACCUUUAAGGAGGUGCUGGGAUCAGGAGUGCAGUAUCAUCUGCAGUCGAACGAGUUCCUCCGGAAUGUAUUCGAACUCGGCCCCCCCGUGAUGCUCGACGCGGCAGCCCUGAAAACCAUGAAGAUUUCCCGCUUUGAGAGGCAUCUGUACAAUUCGGCCGCUUUCAAAGCACGGACAAAGGCCAGGAGCAAGUGUCGGGACAAGAGAGCGGACGUGGGGGAAUUCUUCUAGUAUUUCACGCUCACCGUCAACGGCUGGAGACGACUCACUUCCUCGUUGCCGAUUCCUGAUCUACCCCUCCUGUGACUGCUAACAUAUUUAAAGUUUUUAAUCUUAGAUAACCUUUAGAACAAGGUUUGAUUUCCCGGCACCAUGGAAUGCACAUUAUUGGCAAAUGUGAAUUCUAAUUAUUGACGCUUCUUUGUACAUAGAAUGACUAGCCUUUAAUAAAGUGAAUAGAAA